UAAUAUUAUUAUUUAUUAAAAAACAAAAAAAAAAAGUUAUUUGGGCAUUUGAGAAUUCCUUUCACUCUCCCAUGUUCUCAACCGGUUUUGACAAAUGGGUGACUCUGCAUGGUUGAUGGUCUUCUCAGAUUCCAAAUUUCUUCAAGACAGGUUUAUAUCUAUGAAGGUACUAUCUUAAGCAAAAGAGUGCCAGGUUUUAGAAUUUGAUACUCGUGGUUGUUGGUUAUACAGUUGCUAGCUGAAGAAGAAAGUGUUAUGGAGUGCAAUAAAGAUGAGGCAGUCAGGUCUAAAGAAAUUGCUGAGAGGAAGUUGACAGAAAAAAAUUAUUCGGGUGCAAAGAAAUUUGCUUUGAAAGCCCAAAAUUUGUAUCCUGGGCUUGAUGGGCUCCCCCAAAUGUUGACCACACUUGAUGUUUAUAUCGCUGGCGAAAAUAAAAUAAGUGGGGAAGUGGAUUGGUAUGGUGUACUUGGUGUAGAUCCCAUGGCUGACGAAGAGACUGUGAGGAAACAAUAUAGGAAGCUAGCUCUUGUUCUUCAUCCUGAUAAAAACAAGUGCUUAGGUGCAGAAGGUGCAUUUAAGUUGGUUUCUGAGGCCUGGAGUUUGUUAUCUGAUAGGGUUCAGAGACUAGCAUAUAACCAGAAGAGGAAUUUGAAAGGAUCCCAGCAGCAGAAAGUUUCACACCGGAGUGGUCCAUCAGUGCCACCCAGAGCGAAUGGCUUUCAUAAUGUUGCUUCAACUACAAGGAAUCCCCAUAGCAAUACUCGGGUUGGUCCCACCUCCGUUCCGCCUCCUUCACAGGUCAAAGCAGAUACUUUCUGGACUGUUUGCAAUCGAUGCAAGACGCAUUAUGAGUAUCUCAGGGUGUAUUUAAAUCACACUCUGCUUUGUCCUAAUUGCCAUCAGGCCUUUAUGGCUUUAGAGAAGCCUCCACCUCCAAAUGUUUUCAAGUCUUCCAAUUGCUCUUCUCGCCAACAGCAUCAGAAUUCAAGACAUCGUGCUGCAAGUAAUGACCCUCACAGCACUGCAAGAAAUUCCUCAGUUGCUCAAAAUUCAGGACCUGGGGGUUCUGCAGGUAUCAAUUCAUUCAAUAACACAAAUUACACCUGGAGACCUUUCCCCACAGCUCCUAAUAUUGGUUGCACUGUUACAUCAGCUUCUGCUGCUGCUCAAGCUGCAUCUGUGGUUCAGCAGGCUAGUGAGAAAGUGAAGAGAGAACGUGAGGAAGCACAGUCGGCCACUACCGAAUGGGGGAGGAGUCAUAUGUAUCAGGGAAUGGGUAAUUCCUUGAAGAAGAGAAAACCAGAUGAUAAUUGUAAUGAUGGUUAUGGAGGUCACAUGGGAAAUGGACGAGCUGUCUUGGGAGGUGUAUCUGAACCAGCAAAGGGUAAUUUUGGAACAGAAAGGACUAUUUCUGGUAUGUUUAAUAAGGCUAACAGUGUGAGAGAAUUAUCAAUAGUUGAAAUAAAACACAUGCUGAUGGGGAAGGCUCAGAUUGAAAUCCGCAACAAACUUAAAGAAUGGAGCUCAGUAACUGAAGCAAAGGCUGCGAACAAAGAGAAACAGAAGGUGAAAGACAAAGAGACUAAGAAACAACUGGGUGUGGUGAAUGGUGACACACAUGAUUUGCACAAGGAUCGUGAGUCAGAUGUUACCAAUAAUAGAUGGCAAAAAAAGAAGUCUCUGUCUAACAAUAUGGACAAUAAUACAGUUCAAGGGGCUGUUGCACCAAUGAUAAUCAAUGUUCCAGAUCCUGAUUUUCACAAUUUUGACCUGGACAGAACUGAAAGAUCCUUUGGGGAUGACCAGGUCUGGGCUGCGUAUGAUAAUGAUGAUGGUAUGCCUCGUUACUAUGCUCGAGUUCACAAGGUGAUCUCUUUAAAGCCAUUUAAGAUGCGGAUUAGUUGGCUUAACUCAAGAAGCAACCGUGAAUUGGGUCCACUAGACUGGAUAGGUUCCGGUUUUUCUAAAACUUGUGGGGAUUUCAGGAUUGGCAAACAGGAAACUACUGAAACAUUAAAUUCUUUCUCUCACAAGGUUGCAUGGACAAAAGGCACUCGUGGGGUCAUAUGCAUAUAUCCUAGAAAGGGGGAAGUUUGGGCUCUUUAUAGAAACUGGUCCCCGGAUUGGAAUGAGCAUACGUCAGAUGAUGUGAUACACAAAUAUGACAUGGUGGAAGUGCUUGAUGACUUUAAUGUGGAACAAGGUGUGUCUGUUGUCCCCCUUAUCAAGGUUGCUGGUUUCAGGACAGUGUUUAAUAAGCACAUGGACCCCAAGGAAGUUAGGAGGAUUUCCAAAGAAGAAAUGUUUCGCUUUUCUCAUCAGGUCCCUAAUUACUUGCUUACAGGCCAAGAAGCUCAUAAUGCUCCGAAGGGUUGUAGGGAGUUGGAUCCUGCAGCUACCCCUUUGGAACUCCUCCAGGUUAUGACAGAAGCUAAUGAGGAGCCUGCAAAGGAGAAUUGUGGAAAACUUGAGGAAGAAAUAUUAAAGAGUACACCGGUAAUAGAUUUAGAUAAGAUGGUGGAGAUUGCUUCAACAGAUAAACAAGAAGAGACGGUAGUAAAAUAUGGUGAGCAAACCAAACAUGAUGAUAGAUAGUGGUGCUGGCAGGGUAGUCAAGGAAGCUGAUGCGUAACUGAUGCUUGAGAAAGCUAAGAUUUAGGAUGUGGAUAGUGCUGGAUACACCCCUUUUAGGUGAGUUUUUUUUAAAAUAUUUUGUAAACCUGUUGGACAUUGCAGAAAUUGCUUCUUUGGCUAUUGAUGGAUCUGAAAUGGUCCAGAUUUUUUUUUUUU